AUGAACGAUUCUAUAGGAGCAGGACCUCCAGUUACAGUCCAAUUAGGAAAAACUGGCUCAACAAGUCUUGAUAAAGACAAAAUCAGAGUAAGAAUUCAAGAAUCUUAUGAAUCCUCAAAAACUGACACACACAAAUUUAAGCGAAUUUGGGGAAAGAAUUCUGCAGCAAUUCUAAUUCAAAGUCUAUGAAGAGGAUACUGAGUAAGAAAAACAGUCGGAAAGCAUAUAGGGGAAAGAAGCAAAUACGCAACACUUAUUCAAAAACACGUCCGAGGCUUUCUACUAAGGCUGAAACUUAAAAGAGAUUUAGAAAAUCUUCUAACUUGCCCUCCUCCGUGAGUGAACAAAAAAUUUUGUUCACUCACGGAGGGGGGCUAAUUUAUUUUUUUUAAAAUUUAUAUAUAAAUUUUAGAAAAUUGUUUUUUUUCAAAAUUUUAAAAAAAUCCUAAUUUGCAAAAAUUGGGAAGCAAAUAUUAAUUUAAUUUAUAAAAUUUAUGUUUUAAAACACAAUUUAUAUGAAAUUAAACAGAAUUAGCUCGAGAUUUCAUUAUACUAAUUAUCACUUAUAUAUCAAUUUUUUUCAUAAAAAAUUUUUUCUAUUAAAAAAUUUUUGUUCACUCACGGAGGGUGCAAAAAAUAUAAAUUUUUCUAAUGGUUUUGUUCACUCAUGGAGGGGGGAGUAAAAGAAACCCACAAUGACCAUUUACUCUUUUCUCCUGAAGAAUAUCAGCAGUAUAUUGCUAUACGAAAAAUCGAAGACCAUUAUAUUAACGUUUAUAAGAAAAAUAAAGCUUGGAAAAACCUAAAAAGCAAAUCAGCUGUAAAAAUUCAAUCAAAAUUCAAAUCAUGAAGAAUCAGCAGAUAUGAACUACCGUUUAUUAAUGAUAAAAAAAUUUAUAUAUUAAAGAGCCAGCAAAGGACUUUUAUAUGUAUGCUAAGAGCUUUAUCAAACUUCGAUGAAAAUCAGUACCAUCCUGCCAAUUCUGUAAGAGAUAGAAUGGCACCUGAGUUUUUCCAAAAUUUAAAAAUAAAUUCUAGAUACAACUUUACUGAUUUGUUUAAGCGGAUUAAAGACUGCUCCACAAUAAAGGUCAUUCGAUUUCCUGACAUAGAGAAUUUGAAGUACUCAUCAAUACCUUUGGUGCAGUUUAUAACAUGGCUCCCAUAUGCGAAAAUGGCUAAUAGCUGAGAGCAUAAGUCGAUCACUAAUGUUAGUGUUGUGAGUAAAUACCAAAAUAAAGAGGAUUUACCACUAUUAAAAAAACUUAGAAUAAGAGGCUGCAAUUUGACUUCUCAAGAAAUCGAAAAACUAAAAGAUCUAAAAUUGUCAUUAGAUUCAUAUCUAGACUUAAUUGAAUUUGAGAUUCCUUCUAAAGAAUUUUCUAAAGAGCUUUUUAUUUUGACACUAAAAUAUAAUGAGCAUGUCCACAAUAAAGACCUUCCGAUAUUUUUGCCUUUAUAUGAAUCACUUAUUUUGAGAGUAAAAGCAGCCUGCACAAUUCAAGCAUGCUGAAGAGGCUAUAAAGAAAGAUCACAAAUAAAAAUAGGAAGAGAUAUAGUUGUAAGGCGCUGUGUUUAUACUAUUCAAAGAUGGUGGAGAUUUUUAAAAUUUUCCAGAAGAUUUCAAUGCUUGGUUGAGCUUAAAUCAUUACUAUCUGAAAUAAAUACACCCACAGUUUAUCUUGAAGAGCAUUUUUUUCAAUUUUUAAAUCAUACAGAAUCAGCAUUUACAAUAUUAGAACAAAAUUUUACUUUUUAUUGUGCUGGAGACAGAGUAUAUGUAACUACUCAAUGAAUGAGAAAAUUUUUGCCAGAUUGAUUGGGUGUUAAAGCAUAUUAUGACCAAUACGGAGGGACAUUAAUUUCCUCAGAAGAAAAAACGCUUCAAGCUGUAGUUUUGAGCGGUGCAAAAGUGGAAAUUGUGAGUUUAUACAGUGAAGUCUCAGAGAAGCCAUAUGUGACUGAUGCAUAUUUAAAGUUCUUGAAAGUUGAAUAUAAUUCAGUUGCUGAAGCAAGGCUGAGGACUACUAUUAUAUUUUUGAAAACUUUGGAUCAUAAAUCAAAUACUUAUAUUCCCUUCUUAUCUAAAAAAGCGCUCGAGCACUCUUUCUUGAUGUCGAGGCUAAGAAAAGUUUGGAAAGCACGGAAUAUAGAUCACAAAAAGCCAUGCCCUGCUAUUACAAUUCUAGAAAAAGCCCUUUAUCCAGUUAUCGAAACGGAUUAUGUAAGAGUCCCAGAGCCUCCAUCACCAGAAUCUCAGCCUACUAUUCUAGAAACCAAAGAAUCAGAAACACAAGAAUCAGUGUCCCCUGUCUCUCUCCCAGAAAUUUCUUAUAAAGAGUUAAUUCAAGAUAGGGUAAAGCGCUGCCGCGAAGAAACAAGAAGAAGGCAAACUGAAGCAAAGCUAGCUAAAGAUGUUGAAAAUGAAGCGAAAAUUAUGGCUUCUAAAGAAAACAAGGAAAGAACCCAAAGCUUGAUCACUAUAAAGGAGUCUUUAGAAUUUAAAGAAAAAAUACUAAAAAGAAAUUUUGUGAAAAGACAAAUUGAAAAGAAAAAAUACGCUGAUGAGCAAAGGGCAUUUAUUAAUAAUUUCGCUCAAGCCAAAAAUAUGAUACAGAAACUAAUGAAAAAGAGCGAUUUAGACAGGUGGAAAUUUAAAACACAGAAUGAAAUUAAUACGAAAGUUAGCGAAUUUAAGCAGAAAUCUCAAGAAAGAAGAGAGCUUGUCCAGUCAAUGCUGUAUGAGAAAUUUAAAGCCAAACAGAAAUUGGCUGAGUUGUAA